UGGGGGGAGGGAGCGCACAACGUGCGCGCGCCCUCUCCCUCCUCCACUGCUGCCGCCUCCUUCUUCUGCCGCUCCUGGUGCUGCUUGUGUGCUCGUUCGGUGCGGACCUGGUACCUCUUUUGUGAAGCGGCAGCUGAGGAGACUCCGGCGCUCGCCAUGGCCGACGAAAAGCCCAAGGAAGGAGUCAAGACUGAGAACAACGAUCAUAUUAAUUUGAAGGUGGCGGGGCAGGAUGGUUCUGUGGUGCAGUUUAAGAUUAAGAGGCAUACACCACUUAGUAAACUAAUGAAAGCCUAUUGUGAACGACAGGGUUUGUCAAUGAGGCAGAUCAGAUUCCGAUUUGACGGGCAGCCAAUCAAUGAAACAGACACACCUGCACAGUUGGAAAUGGAGGAUGAAGAUACAAUUGAUGUGUUCCAGCAGCAGACAGGAGGUGUCUACUAAAAAGGGAACCUGCUACUUUACUCCAGAAUUCUGUUCCUCCAGACCAAGAAGACAUUCUCAAUUAGAAAACUGCAAUUUGGUUCCACCACAUCCUGACUACUACAGUAUAGUUUCUCUAUUCUUUCAUUUUCCCCUUCCCCAUUCCUUUAUUGUACAUAAAGUAACUGGUGUAUGUGCACAAGCAUAUUGCAUUUUUUUUUUUUAACUAAAUGGCCAACGGUAUGUUUUGAUCGACAUCAAAUGGAGAUGGAAUGGGGAAAAAUACUGGUUCUGUGAAGAUACCCCCUUUUCUCCAUUAGUGGCAUGCUCAUCAGCUCUUAUCUUUAUAUUCCAGUAAGUUAUUUUGCUCUCACUGUUUAACAAAAAAAGAACAACAUAAAAAUUCUUGCAUACCUUGUUCGAUUGGAGAAUUUUAAUGUUUUUCAUUUAUCAUUGUAAAACCAAGGACAAUUUUAUAACUUUUUUGUACGUAGCUGUUACAUGUAGGGCAAUCUGUCUUUAAGUAGGGAUAAAUUACUCUAAAAGAAAUGAAUCCUAGAUAGUUUUCCCUUCAAGUCAAGCGUCUUGUUGUUUAAAUAAACUUCUUGUUUAAAAUGA